CCACCCUGUUAAAACGGAGCUCCGAGCGCGAGUAGCAAGUCACUCUUAGGAGAAUUCCGAUGUGCGAUUUCGAAAUUCUUUGAAAUCACCCCUAUCCGAGGAUCUAGUGACGUUCAUCCGACUCCCGGAUAAAAUCGUUAAGAAUGAUCACGGCGCUGCCGGUACCUUCGGUGAAGGUCUUCCACAAAACUUAUUACCAAGAGAAAGGUACGAGAAUUGGAAACAGCCAGCCGGGAAGCCCAUUGGCCGACAGCGAAGCUGUCCUCGCCUUGGACAAGGAACCACCGGAAUAUUAUUUUUGCGGCAAGGUAAACUCGCUCCACGUGGUAGUCGGGUCCCUACUCCUGGGCGCUGUGGUCCUCGUCGUGGGUCUGGUGCAGCUGGCGCCCGGAGCUGAGGCUGCCCAAAAUUCCGCAGCGCUCAUAGCCGCCGGAUGUGGACUCCUGGUGGUCGGGGUACUUCUGGCGCCACUGAGGGCGCUCUGCAUCAGGAAACAGAAGGCUGCACAAAAGGACGGUACUCAUCAGCGAAGUGUGACCAGCAUAGACAUGCUACUAGCUCAGCACAGAGACUUCACCGUCCUGACACCGGAUGAACUCGAGGAUCUGGUUGGUCGAUCCACGGCUGCCCUGGAGAGCAAGAUCCGCAAGCAAGGUCACAGCACCUAGGCCCAGCUGAGCUCGAAGGAUUCCUCCAGGAGUAGUCUACCCACGUCCCCGAAGUCGCCAUCCACCUCGUCCUCGCAACAGUCGCCCAGGGCGAGCUCGAUCCUUUACACCCAUCGAUACGACUCCAGGAAGCACAGUCUUGUCUAGCUGGUCGUUUAGGAUUUUUCAAUCUCAAAACCUGAAACAUCAAACGGACCCUGGUUGUUCUCUGGAUUUUUUUUACCCGCCCAUCAUAAGGCCCCCACCAAGGUCGCGCGGACUCUCGCCCACGGGGAUACAUCCAGGGUCCCAUCGUUACGCAAGGACACUCUUUCGGGUCACCUGCCGAAGGCUGAUUUCAUGAUCAUCUUUAUUGGAUGCAUGGUCGAACUGUAUUCGGGGAUUAAGGAUUUUCGUUUUAUCUUAUAGUGGGGUUAGCUUUUCCUAGGAUCACGGGAUUCCUACGAGUUCAUAUAUGUGACGCAAGGAUCGCGCGUGGACUUUGCGAAUUUUUCGCUGUUCCUUCGACCAAUAUGCGUUGCAGGCGUAUCCUUGCUAAUUCUUAUAUGCGUAAACUGUGUUCUGAGGGAAGACGAAGAAAGAAAAAAAAAAAAAAGUGACAAUGAAGAGCGACGCGCGGGAAGAUCGUAAAGUUGAUAAAGAAUAAUGGCGUAGAUAAAAAAAAUGAAGUUUUCACAUUUUGACAUUUUCCGAGGAAUUUCUCAAAAAUCAACUUUCGCUAUCGACACACGUGUACCCAGUAAACACAUAAUACGUUGCGUGUAAUAGUUAUAUCCUGAUACGUGUAUGACGUAAUGUCAGAGUAAAAGUUUGAAAAAUGGUUUUUUAAUAUAUUUAUUACAUUUACGUAUUUUGUGUCUUCUGGGUAUAUACGACAUAUAUGCAUCUAUAUAUAUACAUAUACAUAGUGAUAUCAAUACGCAUACCAUACAUGAGACGUAAUAUGGUCAUGGCGACGAUAUUUGAGAUAUUUCGAAUGAGAUAGGAGAGAAUUAGAAAAAAAAACGAUAAAAAUAAAAAAGUGUCGGGCUCGUAAAAAAAAAAUGAUUAAAAACGUGAAAAAUUUAGCUGCCAAAAAAGCCCAACGGGAUUUCGCGUGUGCGAUGUAAUUCGCGCAAAUCGCAUAUACGCGAGAAUAAUAAUAAUAAUAACCGACGUCGUUGCAUCCUAGCGCGGCCGAGAAACAUUAUGAAAGUAUUAUUAACGGAGGGUCGAGAAAUUGUUAUUAAAAGAAGAAAAUCAUUCCAAUCCAUAGGUUCUCCCAAUUAUACAUACAAUUUACGCACGUGCGUGUCCACGAUACUUAAAAUACGGAGCCACCCGACAGACACGCCUGAAUUAUUAUUGUUAAUGCGAAAAGGACAAAAUUGACUCCGUAUAAAAAAUUGUGUGUUCUUCGAUCGUAAGACGCGACGAUAUACGCGAUCCACGCACCUACCAUCUUUGCUUUGCUCAAGUAACAAUAUGAUUUUUUUUUUAAGAAAACGAAAAAAAAUAAAUAAAAAGCUUAGGGAACGUAGACAGGGCUUAACGGUAUGAAGGGUUCGGUAAAGUGAUAAAAAUUACUUUUUUUUUUUUCUUUUUUUUUUGGAAACUCUCCGACAGACAAUUAACACAGAUGACAACAACGUAGAUUUUUUUUAAGAAUAAUAAAAAAAAUAAGAUAGAAAAUAAAGAUUUAUCGGAAGAAACAUACGUCGCGCUAUAAUAGGUUGGUGUCGGUGUAAAUGAUAGUAGUGAUAAGAAUAACAAUAAUGCUACCAAGAAUGAUAAAAAAAAAUCCAAGCAUAGAAACAUACAAAAUCGCAUCGGCUUUUCAGCCGCUGCUUCACGUAAUGAAAUAUAAACGAAGGAAAACGAGUAAAAGAUUAAUGUCUUAUUACGUACACAGUAGCCAUAUAAUUCAUAGCAUUUAGGGAAUCGCGUAGAUUCUUGCGUGGAUCGCGAGAGUAAAUUUAGAAGAAGAAAAAAGAUUAAAUGAGGGAAAAUGCAAACCUGACAAUGUCUAUGGACAAGGUAUUGGUUACGCAGUUUAUGAAGUUUAACGUGUUUUUUCGUAAUUGGUCACCUUGUAUAUUGCAUACAGCCCCAUCUCUGAUCCUGUGGUUCUAUGACGUGUGCUAUAUGGCAUUUUAGAGUCGACUAUGGUCUCUGCAUAUCAAUCGACUCUAAGUGAGUGAAAUGUCCGAGAUUGGUUGUAAAUGAAAAAAAAAAUUUUUUAAUUCCUAAAAAAAUUGUUAAAUCUCAUCACGUCUAUGAAGAGUGAUUGGUCUCGAGUGUUUUCGAAAAAAGUGACUCUAGUACUAUCUUGUCAUUUGGCUUCGAUCGGAUCGAAAUAUAUUUUUUUUAAUUGUAAAAAAAAAAUAGACAAAAAUUCAGAUACUCGAAAAUUCCAUUCGCACACGAUUCUUGUCAGGUCAUUAUCGUGAAUUCAGUAUAUCGGAAAGUGACGUUGAUCGACCAGAGAUAAAUAUUCAAAAAUAUUCACGUAAUAGGAUAAAAGGAUAAAACAUAAGUCAAAUUUGAUUUAUUUAGUAAAAAGCUCUAUUUAGCAUGUAAGCACUGUAAAUAGUGUAUGCCCGAUUGAGCACUGAUGAAUUCGACGUGGCUUUAAGUAAAUGAGUGAAAUUAAAGCGGAGGAAAAUGGAAAAAGAAAAUAGAGGAAACUGGAUAAGGGUCAGAAGGUGGGGGGGGGGACUGAUUGGAGGGAGAAAAAAGCAAAAAUUAUGAAAACAAAGAGAACAUAAAAGUGAGUAAGUAAAUAAAAUAAUGUAAUAUUAAGCUAUUCAACGCGCACACGUAACUUCUAAGAAUGGAAUUCGCGUUGCGAUUAUUAAUUUUUGACUUUUAAAAUUUUUUCAAAAAAAAUUUGUAUCCUGGUUUUUUCCCUCUUUUUUUUCAACUCGAAAUCGAUCCUUAUUAUUUUUUAUUUCUCUAUCUCUCCUUGUCCCAUAGCACUAAUAAAAUCGAAAAUCACGACGCGAAUUCGUGACCUGUAAAUAUUUAACAUUUGAGAAUUUCUACGACGAAAUACGGAUUAUAUGUAUAACUAACGCGCGUUAAGGUCAGGGGAAGGAAAAUGGGUACUACGUCACUGGCCCGUAAGAAAAUUAUGUAUAACAUAUGAAUACUGUAUGACAACGGAAAGCAUACGUGAAUCUGUAAAAAGUAGCGAGGGGUUAUAUUCUUGUUUAUCUUUUCUUUCGGAUAGAACAUAUAUUCGCUUGGGUGAAGCAUUGUGAUGAUAAACGAUAAAUUUUACGGUAAACGAAGAAAUAUAGGG